AGAGCUGCACCACUGCUCUCUCAGACAAAAGGAGUGAGGACGCCACCAUGGAGGUGAAGAGCAUCCUGAAAGCUAAAAAAAAGGUUAGCUUGCUGCCGGCGUUGGAGGUCAGCAUUACCACCCAGAGCAGCUCCAUCGGGGCUGUACGCUGGACAUUGCCUGAGGAGAAUCUCCAGGCCCACAGCUCGGCCCCCAGCAGACCUGCCAACCCCAACAUAAACAAACACACACAGCAAUAUCCUCGUCAGAACAGCCUGAAGGAUCUGCGCAGCCUGCAGGAGUGUGUGCAGUUCAUCCAACUCUGGAAAGAGCAAGUGGACCAAGUCUGCAAGGGUGGAAGUGAUCCAGAGGAAGGCACCAGUACGAAAGAGGCCCAGAGCUCAGACCGGUGGAUUGAGCGCAGUCUUGAGGAGAGCAGGAAACUGAUCCUGGAGUGGGCUGACGAACUCCAUCAUGUCGACAAGCUCCUGAAGGAAACACCGUGGGCAUCUGAGAGUCAAGACCAUGAAGAUAAGGAUGCCAAUGAGGAAGCACAGCAGAGGAUCAUGGAGUGGGCAAAAGAGCUGCAGACGGCGGGUGAGAGUUGUGGCGUGCAGAGUGACGAGCUGGGUAAAGUGUUGCGUCUGCUGGGACUGAAGAAGAAACGCCUGGUCAACCUGCUGGCUCUGAUGGAGUUCAUCACUUGGUCUCUGCUCAAGGAAGACAGCAUGAGCAUGGUUCCACAGUUAUGGUUACUGGCAAAGCAGAGGACCUGGAAAGCAGGAACUCCAAGAUACAUCCCCAACUCAGUUUGGAGUUGGAUUUGCAGUGCAGCAGCUGAUGUGAUUCUUGACCCCAUGACCAACCACCCGUGGCUGCUGCUGUCAGAAGACCAGCGUAAGGUCCAGGAGGGCCUCACACCAUCCGACCUUUCCUACAGCUCCCAGCGCUUCGACAGCUGGCCAUGCGUGCUGGGAUGGGAGGGCUACAGCAGCGGCCGCCACUACUGGGAGGUGGACAUAGCCAACAAUGGCUACUGGCGCCUGGGACUGGCCACCGCCGACUCCAAACGGCAGGGGCGCUUCCCCAUGACCCCAAAGCAUGGCUACUGGGCCCUGUGGCGCAGCACACACCAGUUCUACGCCUGCGCCAAACCAGAAGUGCCGCUGCCGAUCGGCCUUGUGCCUCGACGCAUGGGGAUCUACUUAGACUAUGAAGAAGGCCAGAUCUCCUUCUACAACGCAGAAACAAAGUCCCACAUCUACACCUUCACUGGGACCUUCAGGGGGAAGCUGUACCCUCUGUUCGCCCCGCUGGAUGGCCGCACACUCAUGAGAAUCAUCCCACCCGAUAACAUCUCUGUAAACUGAGAGACAUGGACCUUAAU